AUGGAGCUCGGUAAGACUUUGGCAGUCGAUAUUAUAAACGGAAGACAAGCUUACGCUGUGCAAGUUGCGGCUGCCGCGCUAGCAGGAGGCGUUGCCUCCAGCAUGUACCUCGACGCCAAGUACCACUUGUCGAAGGAUGCCAAAUCGCUGCUAAUGCGCCGAAGAAUCAUCAAGUCAAUGGAGAAUUUAGUCAAGACAGGUCGUGUGUCGCCAUACUACACAUUCGAGGACUCCGUAGAAAGACACCCCUACGACGAAGCUAUUUGGACUCGAGACGGCAGUGUAUCUUGGAAGACGACCUACGAUCGAUCGAAUCAAUAUGCCCAGCUUUUUCUAUGUCAUGGAGUGAAAGCCGGUGACUUUGUUGCUCUAUUCAUGCAAAACUCACCAGAUUUCGUUUUUGCCUGGAUGGGACUGCUUGCCAUUGGCGCGGCGCCGUCUAUGAUCAACUACAACCUCAGCGGGAAAGCUCUCCUUGGAGUUAUCGAGAUCAGCACGGCCAAGCUGGUACUUGUCGACGGAGGCCCUGACAUUGUUGGAAAGUAUGCGAGCGUACAGACAGAAUUAGAUCUCAAAGGCAUCAAAGUUAUCAACAUUGGAGAAGAGAGAUCGCAGAUCUACCAAAGAGAUCCUGUUCGUCCCAGAGACGAAUUGAGGAAAAACAUCACGCCCGCCAGUGCAUUGGGCAUGUUUUAUACCAGUGGCACUACUGGUAUUCCGAAAGCCGUUAUUUUCCCUACCGCCGGCGCAGGUGCGCUGAUAUCACAGGCAAGUCAUUCCAACCUCCCCAUCUAUUAUCUCCCGUAUUAUCACGGAACUGGUGGCCUUACCAUGAUAUCACAGAUUUUCGCUGGAUCUACCGUUUGCAUGGCACCAAAGUUCAGCGUCUCAAAUUUCUGGGAUGACGUCCGCGUUUCUCAUGCAACAUGGUUCGUGUAUGUCGGUGAAACACUUCGGUACUUACUGGCUGCUCCACCGUCUCCUCGAGACAAAGAUCACAGUAUUCACGCUGUACUCGGCAACGGCUGUCGACCAGACGUAUGGGGACGUUUUCAGGAACGAUUUGGCAUCGACACCAUAUGGGAGUUUUACAACAGCACUGAAGGCCCGUUGGCUCUCCGCAACCAAUCUCGGGGAGAAUUCUUCGCCAAUGCCAUCGGACACCAUGGUCUGUUGUUGCGAAUCAAAUACAGAAACAAGAUAGUGCCUGUCGAGGUUGAUGCGGAAACUGGCCACAUCAAGCGUGACCCGAAGACGGGGCUUGCCCUCCGUGCCCCGUACGAGGUCGGUGGAGAAAUCUUGACCGAGCAUCCCGGCGAACGCCCGUUUCCGGGUUACUUCAACAACGAGGAUGCCACCAGCAAGAAGUUAGUGAGAGACAUUCUCAGGAAAGGGGACUGUUUCUUCCGGACUGGGGACUCGCUCAGGCGUGAUAGCGAUGGCAGGUGGUUCUUUCUGGACCGCCUUGGAGACACGUACCGCUGGAAAGGCGAGAAUGUUUCGACCGCAGAGGUCUCCGAAGUCCUUGGUAGCUAUCCUGGAGUGAACGAAGCGGUCGUCUAUGGUGUUCGACUUCCAGGGCACGACGGCAAGGCAGGCGCAGCUGCACUUGACAUCGCACCGGCUCACAAAUCGUCAUUCAGCUAUACUGAUUUCCUCAGGCUUCCAGGUUACGCUGUUCCUAUCUUCAUUCGACUACUCAACCAGGGAACAGCAACACACAACAACAAACAGAACAAGGUCCCAUUGAAGAAUGAAGGCGUUGAGCCAAGCAAGGUCCAAGGAGGUGAUAAGAUUCUCUGGAUCGAGAAGCAUGGCAAGGGCAAUACAUACGUCCCCUUUACGCAGCACGAUUGGAACAAUCUUGGCAUAGGACGAGCAAGGUUAUAA